UCCAUGCAGAUUACAAUUUGGUUGUUCAGUUUGUGUGUAUGUGGGUUUUCCCCGCGUGUUACUUUCAGUUCCUCCUGCUUCUCAUCAACAUAAAGGUUUGUGUUUGUGUGAAAAUGUCGGACCCAGAGACCCCAGACCAGCCUCUCCUCAGCCAUCCCAGCGCACCAGCGGGUGGCCGUCCCUCUCGGGCUUAUAAGGUGGCAGGUCUAACCCUGUUUGCCUGUGCACUGAUUGCGGGCCAGGCCAUGAUCGCCUACUUCGUCCUCAGCCAGAGGGGUGACAUCAGAUCUCUGAAGGAGCAGAACAACAACAUGAAGGCAGAGCUGUCGAAGGGAAGAUCUGUUGCUGUGCCUAUGCAGAUGCACGUGCCCAUGAAAGCCCUUCCAGAACUGAUGAUUGACUCUGUGGACGAGGAGUCUUCCACUUCAGCCCCUAUGAAGGCCACGGACUGCCAGAUGAAGCCUGUGCAGGUUCCAGGUUUCCGUCCAGCCUGUGACCCACGUGGCCUCUACCAGGCCCAGCAGUGCUUCAUGGAGCAGUGCUGGUGUGUGAACCCAGUCACUGGGCAAGAGGUCCCUGGAUCCCUCACCAGAGGACCAGCCAGAUGCAGCAGAGCAGUCUCUUUUACUGGUGGCCUGAGCAACAUGCUGACUUUGUCUGAUGCUGAUGUCUGAUGCUGCACUGAUGGGAAUCUCCUUCAGUGACCAGCGACGGUUCAUCUCGUAAUCAUGACAUUUUACCAUUCUGCCAACUUAUAAUCAUCAUAAAAUUUGGAAGACUUGAUAAACUAAUUGAGUUUAAUAUAUUUGCCAAAUUAUAACUUCUUGCUAUCAUCUUAUUAGUUAAUUGCAAUAAAUCUUAUAUGGGCAGAGGUACUUUUUGCUUUUCAUGCUAUUAAUCAUAUCUUAAAGUGUUUAAGUAAAGGCUAGUAAAAGUUAAGGAUUUAUAGUACUUUGUCAUUGUUUUGCAGACAUAAAAGAGGCUGUUUUAUUCAAAUUUUAUCCUAUGAUAGUUUUUUUUUUAAACCAAGUUUUCAAUGUUGGGUAAUUUUAAAGGGCAGUGAGCUGAUGAAAAACAGCAUUAACAAGGGGCUUAGUGUAGGCAUAAGGCAUUCAGAUAUUUUUUUUUCUUGUUUUGACAACAUGUAGAUGUAGGAUCACCAGGGCUUUAGAUGAAUUUAAUCAAAAAUCCUUCAUAUAACCAGCAUGGUCAACUGGAUCAGGGAAAGUUAAAAGGAUGACACUGUUAAAGCAUUGAAAUAUUCGACACAAUCAGGAACAAGUUCUUAAACAAUUGUCAAUUGUAUUUUAUUUGAACAACCCAAAUAAACCUGUUUAAGACAG